AUGGCGGAUGACCUUGUUGCGCCAAAUGUGAUUGAUGGAGAAAUUGAGAUAAGCAUUGAUGACACGGAUGUUGCACAGGAGCUGGAGUUCUGGGAAAAUGCUAUGAUCCUAUUUGCUUUAGGAGGAAAUCUCACGAUGAAUGUAGUGAAGAAGUUCAUGGAAAGCUCAUGGAACUUUAUUGCACUACCAAAUUUGUACUACAAUGAUGCUGGGUACUUCAUUGUGCGUUUCAAGAACUAUGACGACAUGGAGAAAAUCACGGCUCAGGGACCGUAUUUCAUCUUUGGGAAACCUAUCUUUUUGAAACCAUGGUCACCGGACUUUGAAAUAACGGAGGAUGUUCUACGCGUGCUGCCUUUAUGGAUCACUCUCCCUAACCUACCACUGCAUCUCUGGGGGAAGAGUAGCAUCUCAAAGAUCUCGAGUGCUGUGGGCAAACCUAUCACUACUGAUGAGUGCAUAGCUAAGAAGUUGCGGAUAUCCUAUGCUAGAGAGCUGGUGGAAGUGGAUAUUACACAAAAGCCAAGGGAUACCAUAUGGAUUAAGGAUCAUGUGGGGAAGAAAUUUGAACAGAAAAUCGAGUAUGAGUGGAGACCAAGAUAUUGCUACUCAUGUUUGCGAGCUGGCCACGAUUGCUCCCAACAGAAGAUUAAGCAGGCUCCUAAAGUGUGGAAAAUGAAAGACAAAGCUGAAGCAGUGAAGCAAGGGGAGAAUGUGGAAACACAUAACACCAAUGCUAGUUCAAGUCACACGAAACCUGGAGAAAUAGAGGAACACAAGGAAGCAGCUACAGAUGAGAACUGGACAGUAGUUACCAAGAAGGGCAAAACACCUAUGGCAACCCCCAAGAAUGACAAUCCUGUGCUAUUUACAAACCCAUUUACCCACCUUAGGAUUGGAGAUGGUCCUAGUGGAGGGCAUAGCCCCAAUAAAUGA